AUGGACUCAGAUAAUGCAGAUAUUGAUACUGUAUACAACGAUAUGGUGACUAUUUUACAUGCUGCCGCUGAUAAAACAGUCCCGAAGUGUGAAUUUAAUCCUUUUACUAAACCGUAUUGGACAUCUGGUGUUAAGAUUGCCCACGAGAAGGAACGAUCAUUACGAAAAGCCUGGGUUAUUAAUGGUCGUCCUAGAGAAAUCCGAAUGGCCGCUAACACCAAUAUAUGUGGCAUAUGUUCACUUCGAAAGAUAACAAACACAUCUAACCAUUGGUGCCCGCAAUGUGAAGAAGCUCUUUGUGAUGAGUGCAGAGAUCAUCAUAAAUUACUAAAAGUCACACAAAGUCAUAAACCUAUACCAAUUUUGGAUUACAAGUCAAUUCCGUCAUUUAUAUCUGACAUACAGCAAUCGUGUAUCUAUCACAAUGAACAAUACCAACAAUACUGCCUUGAACAUGCGUUACCUAUUUGUUACAAAUGUAUCACUGACCAUCGUAAAUGUAACGUCACUACUCUUGAGAAAGUCAUCGAUAAUGUCAAGACAUCUGAACAGUUUCUAGAUUUGGAGGCAAGGCUUAACGACUUAUUAAAAAACAUCGAUAAAAUUAAAAAGGACCGAAAUGCUAAUGUGAGUAGCAUUGAAGAAACAAAAACGCGAAUUGUUAAAGAAAUUCAACAGAAAAAAGCGGAAAUAAAUAAACUCUUAGACAAUCUUAAGAAACAAAUUAUUAAAGAUCUAGAAAAGAAGGAAUGUGAAAGUAAAGGGAGUAUUCAGAUGGUUUUAUCAUCUGUCAUAGAAAAAGAAACCAUGGUAACUCAAUGUCAGACCAAUUUCAAAAGCAUCAAACAAUAUGCAUCCGAUCUUCAAACAUUUCUUGGAAUGAACGAAAUUGAGGUAAAAGUUUACGAAGAUGAACAAUAUCUGCAGUCAUUGAAAGAAGCAAAGAGUUUGGAGCAGCUUGACCUAGCGUUUAAUGUAGACCCAGUUUUGAAAAUUAUGUUAAACAGUUUAAAGAAUUUUGGCUCAAUUGAAAUGACAAUUAAAACUAACAGCCUCGAGUUCAUUAGAGCGAAAGAUACACAAGCACAGUUACAAGUAGUGAAGACGAAGAAGACAAUUGACGAUGUGAAAUUGAUUUCACAACAGGAGAUAACAAUAAACGGGAGCGAUAUUAGAGGUUGUUGUAUGUCAGAAGAGGGGGAUAUUUUAUACACAGAUAAUCUAAUGGAUAAUGGAUGCCUAACAGUAGUUGCAUCAAAAAAUAAACUCAAAUAUAAAUUGCCACUAGGUCCUAGUUGGGGGUUUGACAUAACACUCAUUGACGGGAAAAGGGUUGCUAUUACAACUGGAGGUUCACAAGUGAAUAUCGGUAUUGAUAUCAUAGAUGUUAAAAAACGAAGCAAAAUAAAGUUCAUCAAACUUCCUGGUCGAGCAUGGGGAAUCACAAGAGGUCACAACUCGCUGUUUGUUUGUGUAGAAGAACGUGGUAUAUACAAAAUUAAUACUUUGGACUAUACUACAUCACGCGUGAUCAGUUGUAGCCUACCGUCAUGUCCCUACGUAGCUGUAUAUAAAGACAAGAUAUAUUACACUAAUUACAUAGAUAACAGUGUAGUUUGUUGUAAUAGUAAUGGAUCACGUGUUUGGGCUUUUAAAGAUGAAUUGGUUUUGAAAGAACCGGAAGGCAUCGCUGUUGAUAAUAAUGGUAACGUGUAUGUUGUUGGAGAAACAUCGUCGAAUGUUGUCCUUAUAUCGAGCGAUGGAAAGCAUCACAAAGAACUUCUGACCGAAGAUGAUGGUCUAUCUUCUCCUUCUGCUAUUUUCCUUGAUGGAGAGAAUAAGAAACUACUUGUCGCAAAUACUUCGCUAAUUGCUUUCGUUUACAAUAUUUUGUGA